AGUAUUCAUUCAUGGAAGAGAUGGGGUUGGGUUCCACAAGAAAAGUCCUGUGGUAAUGUUGGAAAGUUGGACCAUAAGUAUUGCUUAGAGGAUCGACCGACUAAUCAGCAAGUCAAAUAACGUGUCAAAUUUGAGAAGUUUCUCAUACUGAAGUUUAUGCUUUCUGUUUGGGUUCUUUUCAUCAAGUGCCGAAGCCUCAGAUGGUAUUGCUUGAACCAGUGAUUUGGUUCUUUUGCUGCAAGAAGGUUUUUUAUUUUUCUAAGUAGACCAAAGGCCCCUAUAUCUAUCUGCUUGCCAAUAUUUUUGGUUGGUUUGAUUCAAAACAUGAUGGUGAAGGUUGUCUGUCUUGUGAGAAUGAUUUUUGAGCCGGAUAGUUUCUCCUCCUCCUCCAUGUUCAUAUGUUUCUUUUCUCAUAGAAUUCAGAGGGUGAUCUACUUCAACUCAUCAUCUGUUAUGUGGGGAGUUUCUUAGUGGCUGCUAAAUCACAAAGCUUUGUUGUCUCUUGCUAAUUUGUUUUUCAGAUAUAGUAAACUUCUGAUGCCUGAUCGGGUGAGGUUCCAAAGUGUCAAAUUUAGGUAGUUCAUGCUUGAGGGGGUUAGUCUGGGUUAGUGACUCUUAACUGCUUCUGGCCGGCAAUGGGAUCCUCUCAUCUGCUAAUGUGGAGCACUCUUGAAGUAUGGGGCUGCUUUUGAGCCUUGCACUUGAACUUUGUUUGAACUACUUCAAUACUCUUUUGUUGUUAUUGUUUUGUUGCGAUGAUUAAGCUAAUGUUGCUGGUUUAGCGGGGAAUGAAGAUCAUCUAGACCUGGUAGAGUUUUUUGACAUCAGCUCUGGGGUCUCCAACACUGUCAGUCUAGCAAAUUCACAUUUGGCAACGUUUAUGCAAUGCAGUCUGUUGGUCUUUUGAGUCAUUGUUCAGAUCAGUUGCAUUUUUGAAGGUGUCAGAAAAGAGUAUUGUGUUGAUUAUCAUAUCGCAUGGACAGGUCUGAGUUCAGCAACAUCAAUGCUUUACUAUCUUCGGUGGUUUCUAGUGUAUCUGUAGUUGCAAAUUUGAUUUAAGAUUCCAUAAUACCUGAGGGCAAGAAUUUUGAAAGUACUAAAAAAUUGUCAGAAUUUCUAAAAAUAAAAAAGCCAGAACACGGAUAUAAUUUCAGGUGUUUACUAUAACUAAAUUGUAUGUUGGAAAGGGAAUCAGCAUUUUGUUUGGACAGAGUAUCUUGGCUGUUUAGGAAUCUUUUGGUUUAGUUUUGCUGAUUUGUUGAAAGACUGAUGGAGCUAGGUAGCUAUGGAACAAGUUGGUUAUAAUUUGCAGAGUAAAGAUGGUUGCUGCGGGUAAUUAGAUGUAUUUUGGUGUUCUGAGUUGUUAAUUUUGAAUAGUGUAAAGAUCAAAUGCUGCAAGAGCUGCCUUUCUCUGGCUGAUCUGUGUAGCUUUGCCUGAGGGUAGAUUGGUUUUGUGACUACAAGAUGGAUGUUUCUGGUGUCAAUGUAACUGCUGACAUACUUGAUAGUGUUCUGGGCGUAGAGACUAGAUGCAAUUAACCUUGUCGCGGGUUUGCGGGUUAGGUAUCAGUUUAUGCUGGAACUAGUUCAUUUGAUGUUGUGGGAAUUCAAGGUCAGUGGUCAUCUAUUGUCAGAUGUGGAUUCUUCUAAUAUCAGAAAUAUUCCAGUAUGAACAAGGUGCUCUGUUAUCGAUAUUUACAAAGGGAAAAUCAUGGUGGAAAGAGAUACACGGCGUCCUCGUGGUUUUGGGUUUAUUACAUUUGGAGAUCGACGGGCAAUGGAAGAUGCAAUCCGGGAGAUGCAUGGACAGGAAUUGGGUGCCCGCACCAUCUCCGUGAACAAAGCCCAACCCAGAAUGGGAGGGGAAGAUUUAGACCAUGGCUAUAGAGGAGGAGGAGGAGGGGGAGGAUACUCUUCUGGUGGCAGGAGAAGCUACGGAGGAGGUGGUGAUAGAUCUGUGGGCCAAGAUGAAUGCUUCAAGUGUGGGCGUACAGGACAUUGGGCUCGAGACUGCCCUUCGGCUGGUGGUGGAAGAGGUGGAGGGGGAGGUUCAUUCUCUUCACAUUCUAGGUUCGGGGCUGGUGGGCGUGGGGAUCGCUUUGGUGGAGAUCAUGAUCGCUACAUGGAUGACCGUUAUGAUGGAGGGCGCUAUGGAGACAGGGAUCGUUUUGACAGCAGGGAGGACAAAUAUGGGAGCCGUGAUCGCUAUGUCAGUGACAGGUACCCAGCUGGUGAUCGUUUUGCUAGUGACAGAUAUGGAGGUUCUGAUCGCUAUCCUCAAAAUGGCUAUGGCAAAGACAGAGGCUAUGAUAGGGAUGGUGGAGCAAGAGGUGGCAGUGAUAGAUAUGGAAGGGGAGGUCCAGCAAGAGAUGAGGGAGGUUACCGUAGCAGGGCUGGCCCUUACGACCGCCCUAGCAGGGGAGGGCGGCCAUCUUCCUUUGACCGCUACUAAGUACUAAUGUCUAAAAGUUGGAUGGUCGUUUUCAUGGAACUUGUAGCUGUGUUCUGUGUACUCUUUUAGGUUCUUGAUGUGGGAUGUUGAAAGUAAAAUUUGCUUAGGAGGAUUUUUAUGCAUGUACUGUCGUUCACUAGUUGCCUGUUUGAGUAUUACUUGUAACCCUUUCUCCGUCUAUCUUUUAUUCUUUUGUUGACAAAGAAAUGAAGGAAGAUAAGAAAUUAGGGUACUUCUAAUUGGAAAAAAGACAUGUUGUUGCCCUGGGUAUU